AUGCCAUCAAACGCAUUUGAUCAGAUAAUGAGCACUACUGGUAUUGCCCCAAAUGAAGUAGAUACAGCCCGAGGUAAAAGGAAGGACGAUGCAUUUGAGCAAUAUGGAGCCACGGCUCUCGAGAUUCAAACCAUGAGACUUCAAUUGGGCACGGUGACUCAAGGUUUGGAAACAUCAUUGAUUACACAAAAAUUUACUGCAGAGGGUGAGACCAAAUUUGAGAGUCGAAAAUCUCUUAUCUCAAAUGCAGAAACUAUUGAAGUUAAUUGUAAGAAGGCUAUUGAUUUACUUCAAAAUGUUUUGGAUGAUAGAGAUCACCCGUCAAAAGAUAUGGAUGAAGAAAGCCGAAAACAAAUAACAGCAUUUCAAUUGUUAUCCCCAAAACUUGAGAUGCUAGUGGAAAAGAUGCUAGCAGAUCAUGAUCAUUUGAUUGUUGAGAUGACAGCCAGAAAUGCUGCUCUACACAGAGAAGUGGGAGAACUCAGUGGGCAAGUCACUGCCUACACAGCUGGAGCUAAUGUGGGUGACUUAAAAAAGUAUCUCGAAAAAUAUAUCAAAAGUUUGAAGCAAGAUAAUCAAACCGAAAGUCUCGUAAGUGCAAACCUUCGUACUGAAAUCGCCAAUUUGGAAGGAAGACUCAACAUCGCGGACCGAAAGAAGGAUGAAGCAGAAGGUAAGGAGAAGUUAUUAAAUCAACAUCUAGAAUCUUUGAGAGAAGAUCAUGUUGCUUCAAAGCGACAGUGGGAGCAACAAAUCUCGACCAUGAUCUCCUCGGUCAUCAAAUCCUCUGAAGACUACAGUACUCUGGAGGGACGAUAUAGAGAUCUGGAGCAACGAAACUUGACCAUGAUGUCUUCUGAGAAGCACAAAAGCUUAACGGAACGAGUAUCAACCAUGGUAUCUUCUGAGGAUUACAAAAGCUUGGAACAGAAACUCAUAUCAAUUCGGGAGAACCCUGCAGGUGAUGCGACCAUAGCUGCUCAUAUUAAAGAAGCAACAAAGAAUAUGAAGAGUGUCGAGGAGUACAAUAAGGUAAUUGCGGAUAAUUCAAGACUCACUGAACAGGUAGCAGAAAUGCAUGCAAAAUUGGAACCUCAAUUUUCAGAAUUGAGGGCUUCGAACAAUCGUCAAUCUAUCUCGAGUCAACAAUCCCCAAGUGUACAUCGAUCCCAACAACGAUUUACUCAACCAGGUACACCUUCACCACAACAAGGAUAUGGUUUAUCAACUCUUUUCGGUGGAGAUUCCCCACAAUCAACUGGAUCUCCAUCGAGUUUUGGUGGAUCUUUAAUGCAACAUGGAGGGUUUGAAACAUCACCUUUCGGUACACCAUCACCAAUUCAACAACAAUCAUCCGCUUCACAAUAUGGAUUCGCUACAGCUCCUCCUCCUCCUUCUCAGAGUCGACACACACCUGUUUUCAAUCAACCAUCCGGUUUUGGAAAUUCUCAGUCUCCUCCAACGCAAAGUCCAUUCGGAAAGUUUCGAGUAGCGCCACCACAGAGUCCAGUUGCCCCAAACGUUCUUCCUACCGCGACACCAUAUCAAUUUUUGAUUGGCGGGAAUCUCUCUACAGGACCACGAACUUCGAUCGUUCAUCAAGGAAUCAUUCACAAAAUGAAUUCACAAAUUUCUAGUUGGCCUGUAAAGUGGAAUAAAGUGUCAAAAAAAUUCACAGUAGAGGUUUUGAUGUUAGGCAAUACAGCCAUAACACGACCAAUGCCCCACCAAGUUCGGAUGAUGGAGACAAAUCAGAAUGGGCCAGUCGUUGCUCUUUUACCGCCAGCAAAGAGAAUGCAUUCGGCCACUCCUCAGACCGUUGGGUAUUACAUUGUGGUGGUCUAA